AUGAGAGAGUUUGGCUUGGUUCUCCUGUGUCUGCUUCGCAUCUCCAGGAAGGGUGUGCAGUCCAACAGCUGGUCCGUCCACGUCCCGUCUGAUGUUACUGGUGAGCUUGGGAAGAUGGUGAUCCUGCCCUGCACCUUCACACACCCCUACAAGGCCUUUGACCGGACCCUCACUGCCAUUUGGAGGAUCAAGGAGCCUUACAACGGCACCAUAGUGUUCAAGUGCGUGAGCCAGAGCACCAGCGAGCUCUGUAAGACUGCCAUCAGCUACAAGAACAAGUACAAACUGCUGGGCAACCCCCGGCACAAGGACCUCUCCAUCAGGAUUGACAACCUGACCUGGAGCGACAGCGACAGAUACUUCUGCAGGGUGGAGCUGGCCGGAGAUAUCCACGACAAGUAUGAAAGCAGGAGUGGGAUAAAGCUGCACCUGAUUGCUGCCCCCAGGAUCAUCAACAUCACGGUCAGCUCCAAGGGGGAUCACACGUUCCAGGCCCGCUGCACCGCCGAGGGGGAGCCAGCGCCCGCCCUGACCUGGACAGGGCCCCCCUACCCCAACCUCACCUCCACCAGCAGCGCGGGCCACCGGGUCACCAAGGAGCUGCGGUACCUGACCCACGACGGGAAAUACACCUGCACCGCCGUCAACAGCCACGGCAGGGCCGAGGGGGCCGUCUACUUCUACAAAUUCAAGGCCUCCGACAGCUCCUUCUUCAUGGUCCUGGUCUUGGUGCCGCUGGGAGUCAAGGUGCUCGUUCUGCUGGCCAUGCUGAGCUGCACUGUUUUCUCCAGAGAAGGUCCCUCCUCUGCUCCCUCCAGCCUGGUCAGGCCACAGCUGCCAGACUGCACCUACGAGAACUUCGACCGCAGGCUCGGCGGGAGCCAGACCCUGCCAGGGGGGAGAGCAGCGCCCAGGCGCAGCUGAGGAGAUCCCACCCCCACCUGC